AUGUCUUUGAGGAUCUUCGAAAUCGAUCGUACCCUCGAGGCUUGCCAAGGUCAAAUUUGGGAUCGAGUGAACGGCUACCGCUACUGGCUUGGCGAGCUGGACAAAAAUGAGGCAGGCCUCGAAAACUUCGCAGAGGGCUACAAGAUCUUCGGCUUCAUUCGCGAGAAAGGUGGCUACACGUACAGAGAGUGGUUGCCCAAUGCGAAGCAGGCCUUCCUGAUCGGCGCCUUCAACGACUGGCAAAACUCGACACCUCUGAAGUCCGAGGGCUUCGGGAGGUGGGCGGUGUUCCUCCCAGACAAGGUGGAUGGAUCUCCUGGCAUUCCACACGCUACGCAGAUCAAGGUCCGAGUUGAAGCCAACGACGGCUCCUGGCACGAUCGUGUGCCAGCAUGGAUCAAGUUGGCUUGGCAGGAGCUUCGCUCAAGUUGCGGGGUAAUAUAUAGGGGCCUUAGCAAUUACUAUAUACUAUUUUGGAGGUUCCUUAUUAUAGUUAUUGUAAUGGGCCCCAAAACCCCAUUCUAA